GACACUUCCCUCCUCUCCCUGCGGGAUUUAUUAACCAAAAAGUUUUUUUCCCCCUCCAACAGGUCGGCAGUGAAGUUUUUCCUCUUUCUCAUCCUUACGGAAAAAAGCAACAAUGUCUGCGCCCUCGAGACGGCUUCAAACGAAGCCUGUGAUUACGUGUCUCAAGACAUUUCUCAUUUCGUACAGUCUCAUAUUCUGGGUCACAGGAAUGAUCCUGCUGGCCGUCGGGGUGUGGGGAAAGGUGAGUUUGGAGGCCUAUUUCUCCCUGGCUUCUGACAAGAGCACCAAUGCACCAUAUGUUCUCAUUGGGACUGGAGCCACCAUUGUUAUUUUUGGCUUGUUCGGUUGUUUUGCUACAUGCCGCGGAAGCCCAUGGAUGCUCAAACUAUAUGCUAUGUUCCUAACCUUGGUGUUCCUAGCUGAGCUUGUGGCUGGAAUCUCAGGCUUCCUCUUCAGGCAUGAGAUCAAGGCCAUAUUAAAGGAUGCCUAUGAAAAUGCUGUGACCAACUACAAUACAACCAACAGUCAAAGUGCUGCAGUGGACACCAUUCAGAGGACUUUGCAUUGCUGCGGGAAGACGAAUUACACUGAUUGGGAGCAGACAGCCUACUACAAAGAGAGUGGCAUACCGGCUAGCUGUUGUAAAGAUAACACAAAGUGCACACCAAAGACCCUCAAAGACCUUGAGAAGGCCAAAAAUGAAGUGUACAAUGUGGGUUGCUUUUCACUGCUUACUGGUGUUAUGGAGGCCAACCUGGGAAUUAUUGCAGGGAUCUCUUUUGGAAUCGCAUUCUUCCAGCUCAUUGGGAUAUUCCUAGCCUGCUGCUUGUCUCGAUACAUAACCAACAACCAGUAUGAGAUGGUCUAGCAGUGUCCUUCCUCAGGUUACAGGGGGGCAGCUCUAGAUGCAAACUGAUCGAAAGGAAUCUCAUAAUUUUAAUAAUUCUAUGCGUGUUAGUUUUACUGUUUUAGAGGGGGGAACUCCAGCUGCUUCUUUAUGUUUGAUCUCAUCAAUGGCCACAAAGAAGAAGGGAAUUUGUUAAAGGAAAUCAUAAGGGACAAUAUUUGUUGUCUGUGUCAAACAGAAAAUGGCACCUGUAAAUUUAUUAGUUAAUUUUUGUUGUUUUUGGAGAUUUCUACAAUGCAUAGAUGUUGCUUUUAUCAAACAAUUUUGCCAAGCUCAUAAGAAUUUCCCAUUUCUCGAAAGUGUUGACCUUAGGUAUUGGGACUGCGGUAUUUUGUAGUGUUACUAUUGUUUUGCUUGUAUGUGAAUGAUUUAGGGGCAAAAAGGAAAGUAAGGUGAUAAAUAUUUGUGUUCUGUCAUACUAAGUGAGCUUUUGUGUUUGUGAAACCAUAUAGUUUAAGAAAUAAAUGAGUAAAAUUUGUAGAAGUAGCCACAGAUAAAAGGAUGUGACUCAUGGUAAGGAAUUUGGCAGUUGUAUGAAAAAUGGAAUAAGCUUUAAUGAUUGUGUCUGCACAGCCUUGGCUUACUUCUUGGAAACCUACCCUCACACAUGGUCGUUGUCGUAGUCUGAUAUUCUUUAGAUACCAGUUGUCAGUGUUAAAUUGUUUUCAUUUGUGGAUGCAUGUGACAUACUUGAAAAAUAAAGACAAGAUAAAACUGAAUACCGUUGUCAGUGCACACU